GCACCGCUUGAACAGAAUAAACCAUAUCAAAGCGGGUUCAAAUCUGUUCAAGCUAUAACUUCUCACUCACCUCUUUCUUAGGUAAUAAUUAAUCAAAGAUGGCAACAGAAACUUUCCUAUUCACAUCUGAAUCAGUGAACGAAGGACACCCUGACAAACUAUGUGACCAGAUCUCUGAUGCUGUUCUUGAUGCUUGCCUUGAGCAAGAUCCAGACAGCAAAGUUGCUUGUGAAACUUGCACAAAGACCAACAUGGUUAUGGUCUUUGGUGAGAUCACAACAAAAGCCAAUGUUGACUAUGAAAAGAUUGUCCGUGACACAUGUAGAAACAUAGGUUUUGUUUCAGAUGAUGUUGGUCUUGAUGCUGACAAUUGCAAAGUCCUUGUCAACAUUGAACAACAGAGUCCUGAUAUUGCUCAAGGUGUUCAUGGCCAUCUCACAAAAAGACCUGAGGAAAUUGGUGCUGGUGAUCAAGGUCACAUGUUUGGCUAUGCAACCGAUGAAACACCCGAGUUCAUGCCUUUAAGUCAUGUCCUCGCGACGAAAUUGGGCGCGAAACUCACCGAGGUUCGCAAGAAUGGAACAUGCCCUUGGUUAAGACCUGAUGGUAAAACCCAAGUCACUGUUGAGUAUUACAAUGACAAAGGUGCCAUGGUUCCUAUUCGUGUCCACACUGUGUUAAUUUCAACACAGCACGAUGAAACUGUUACCAAUGAUGAAAUUGCAGCUGAUUUGAAAGAACAUGUGAUCAAGCCUGUGAUCCCUGAGAAGUAUCUUGAUGAGAAAACCAUUUUUCACUUAAACCCUUCAGGCCGAUUCGUCAUCGGUGGUCCUCACGGUGACGCAGGUCUAACCGGGCGUAAGAUCAUCAUCGAUACAUACGGAGGAUGGGGUGCACAUGGUGGUGGUGCAUUCUCAGGAAAAGAUCCAACAAAAGUUGAUAGGAGUGGUGCUUACAUUGUGAGACAAGCUGCAAAGAGUAUAGUUGCUAGUGCACUUGCUAGGAGAUGUCUUGUGCAAGUUUCUUAUGCUAUUGGUGUUCCAGAGCCUUUGUCUGUCUUUGUUGAUUCUUAUGGAACUGGAAAGAUACCUGAUAAGGAAAUUCUUCAGAUUGUGAAGGAGAAUUUUGAUUUUAGGCCUGGAAUGAUCUCUAUUAACCUUGAUCUUUUAAGAGGUGGAAAUAAAAGGUUUUUGAAGACUGCUGCUUAUGGACAUUUUGGUAGAGAUGAUGCUGAUUUCACAUGGGAGGUUGUGAAACCACUUAAGUCAGAGAAGGUACCUACUGCUUAAGAAGUCAUUCCAAUCUUUUCUCACUAUGGAGUUUUCGAUUUUCUUCUACAAACUUGGUUGUACUAAGUUCUUAUAAUUUUUCUCUGUACUCCUCUUCCUCUUAUGUUUGUUUUCUUUUCUUAUUAUUAAUUAAUGUAUUUUUUAUUUGUGUACUUGUAUGUGUUCCUUUAGAACAUAUAUUUUAUACAUCAUCUGCCGACAAAAUGUUGUCUCCGAAUUUAUCUCAAUCUAAUGUAAUAAAUCCCAAAUUAAUUAAUUAAAGUUCAGUAUAC